CACAGAUGUCGCCUAACCUGCAUAAUAUAAACCCCAGGUUAAAAUGAGACAGUCUGUCACGUGACUACUCAAUUAGACGGGUUUAUAGCUUUUAAUGCUAGGCGACAUAUUCUUACCUGGCGUUCAUUAGGAUUGGUUUGACAUUGUAUUAUGGCGGGACAGGUAUUAAGACAGAGUUGUGCUUUACUGGCAGUGUUGUGUGUGAUAUAUCAGGCAACGGCUGAAGAUAUCAGCGCAGUGGCCUGUAACCCCGAUUCAGGUGGAACAGCCGAGUGCGCAGCUAAGGACUCCAACGCAGAAUGUAAAACUGGCGAAGUCAAGUGCUCGUGUGCUGCUAAUUACAUUUUCAAAACUGAUAAAUCAGCAUGCACAGCAACAAUUAGUUCGGUGUCAUGUAAUCCUACCAGCGAUGGGACUGCAACUUGUGUAGCUGUCAAUGCCAAUGCUGAAUGUAAAACAGAUGCUACGACAUGCUCGUGUAAAGAUGGAUAUGUACAAGACCCAGACACAGAAAAUGGUUGCAUGAAAGACACAGCUGUUGGCAAGGCAUGCACGAGCAAUGCUGACUGUGCCGCUGAUACUAACUCUGAAUGCACGGAUGACACCUGCUCAUGUAAAAUGAAUUACAUGGAAAUGGACAGUAUGUGCGAGAAAAUUUUAGGAAAAGCAUGUACAGCUGCUAACGAAGCCACCGUCUGCAAGGUUAACAAUUCAAAAUGCGAAUCAGACACGUGUCAAUGUACGACAGGAUACACUGAGGCAACAGCAAUGUGUUCCAUGGUUCUGGAUAUGACAUGUGCACAAGAUUCAGAUUGCUCCACUAAGAUGACAAAUACCGCAUGCAAAACCACCAAAUGCGCAUGCGCAGAUAACUACGUAAAGGAAGGUGUCUUCUGCAAGAAAGCCAUUGGUCAAGCCUGCACUGCAAAUACUGAUUGCGUCGGCAAUGCAGAGUGUGGUACAGACAAGAAGUGCAUGUGUAAAACUGACUAUAUGGCAAAUAGUGAUAAUAGUGUUUGUGAGAAAGAGGACUCCAAUGCAGCCGAGUCAAUUGCUGCUCCAGGCGUCUUGUUGCUGGCAUCAGCCUUUCUAACAUUAAAGGGCAUUUGUUAAUGGAACAAAGGAUCGGCUAGAUAGAUCGCUGUUUAUCCGCAUCCGAGGAAUGAAAUUCUAUUAUACUUCUUUUCUCAAAUAUAGCUCAACAAGUGAAAUCCAUUUUUACUAUUUUUACAUUUCGGUGUGUUUUCUAUCCAGAUUUUGUUUCCAUAGUACGUAUCUGUAACAUUUUUUUUGUAUUCAACAGCACUGAAACAGAACUGUUAAUUUUAAUAACGACAACUUAUUUCUUCAAAGGUAAUGUGUACUUGUAAGGGUAUUUGUUACAAUUUUUCAAAUUCUAAUCGUCGGUUUCAAUGGAAAAGGUCUUAAAGAAAUGACGUCUGCUUAUUUCUUUGUUGAUGAAAGUGAAUCACGGUCACAUGAUAUACCAAAUGCAUAUGACAUAGGCCCGUUAUAUUUGUCAUUUUAUUUGUUGUUUUUUUGUGUCUAGAUUUUACUUUUUAAAUGUAUUCUUGUUUUAAUGUUUAUAUGUUUUAAAUGUGUACUGUAGAAGUGCUUGAAUAAUUUGGGUUACAAUUGAAACUUUGAAAUUUCAUAACCAUCAUGUCUUGCCAUUAUGACGGCACGUUUACAUGGAACAUCAUAUUGUGUAACAUUAAAGCUGCAUGCCUCCAUACA